AUGACGACCAUGGAGCAGUCUAGCAGCAUGACGAGCGAGGGCAGUGGAAGCCGCGAUCGUGGCCACAUGGUAGGCAAGAGGCUUACUGCUGCCAGCAUCGGCAACCGCAAUACCAACCGCUACUCUGUCACUGCCCUCUACUCGAUGGCGGCAGAGCAGGAUGUCGAAGUAGAGGAUGACCUCGCACGUGCUCAAAAGCGUCUCCGCGAACUUAAAGGCCGCAUCUCGGCGCAGUCCAAGAAGAACUUCGUGCUCGAACGAGACGUCCGCUAUCUCGACAGCCGCAUCGCCCUUCUCAUUGCAAACCGCAUGGCUCUCGACGAGCAGAGCGAAGUCGCCUCCACGCUCGAAGAGACCGACUCAACGGCUGUCGGCACUUCGCUGGACGACCGCAAGAUGCAGCAGUACGGCAACCUCUUCUUCCUCCUGCAGUCCGAGCCAAGACACAUUGCCGCACUCUGCCGCCUUGUCAGCUUGGCAGAGAUCGACACGCUCUUGCAGACCGUCAUGUUUACCCUCUACGGUAACCAGUACGAGAGCCGCGAAGAGCAUCUGCUCCUCACCAUGUUCCAGUCCGUCCUCUCCGCUCAAUUCGAGACCGCCACCGAGUUCGGAUCCCUUCUGCGUGCCAACACGCCCGUAUCACGCAUGAUGACCACCUACACUCGCCGUGGGCCCGGUCAGUCGUAUCUCAAGAGCGUCCUCGCCGAACGUAUCAACAGCCUCAUCGAGCACAAGGAUCUCAACCUCGAGGUCAACCCUCUCAAAGUCUACGAGCAGAUGAUCAACCAGAUCGAAGAGGACACUGGCAGCCUUCCCCCCAACCUCCCACGCGGUGUGCCAGCCGAAGUUGCAACCGAAAAUGCCGAUGUUCAGGCCAUCAUCGCUCCAAGACUCACCAUGCUCAUGGAGAUCGCCAACAGCUUCCUGCAAACCAUCAUCAACUCGAUCGACGAAGUGCCCUACGGCAUCCGAUGGAUCUGCAAGCAGAUUCGCAGUCUCACAAAACGCAAAUACCCUGACGCCACCGAGCUCGCCAUCUGCUCCCUCAUCGGGGGCUUCUUCUUCCUUCGUUUCAUCAAUCCGGCCAUCGUGACACCCCAGGCUUACAUGCUCGUCGAUGGGCCUCCUGCCAAGCAUCCUCGUCGUACCUUGACGCUCAUCGCCAAGAUGCUUCAGAACCUCGCCAACAAGCCAUCCUAUGCAAAGGAGCAGUACAUGAUGUCGCUCAACCCUUUCGUCGAGAACAACAAGGCUCGCAUGAACGCUUUCCUCAACGCUCUCUGCGACGUUGGCGACUUUCACGAGACACUUGAGAUGGAUCAAUACAUGGCGCUGUCCAAAAAGGAUCUUCAGAUUCAGAUCACGCUCAACGAGCUCUACAACACGCAUUCGCUCGUAGCUCAGCAUCUCGACAUUCUUGCCCCGAACGAUAAGCAUCAUCUUCGCAUCCUCAUCGACGAGCUCGCAGGCUCGCCAGGUCAAGUGCCGCGCAAAGAGAACCGGACAUUGGAUCUGCCCCUCUUCUCGCGGUGGGAGACACCCAUCCAGGACUUGACGACGGCCUUCAUGUCUGAGAACAAUGUGACGCAGAACGACAUCCUCUACAUGGAAACCAAGUCCAUCUUUGUCCAGCUUCUGCGUUCCAUACCGUCGCUCGCCGAGAAGCGACCCAUCAAUCUGCCCGUUAUCGCAGAGCGCGCCGCCACCACUAAGGAUGCAACGCUUGUUCGCAAGGGCAUCAAGGUCAAGGAGAUGCUGCGCGAGCUUGAAGAGCUCAAGGUGGUAGAUCGAAGGGACGGCUACAGCUUGAUGACGGAUGAAGUCGCUACCGAGCUGACCCACCUCGGCAACAUGCGGGAAAAGGUGAUGCAGGAGAUGCGCAGCCUCGAAGCCGUUUACAAGACCAUCUGCGAACACAACAACUACAUGCGCAGUCAGCUCGACACGUACAAGAGCUAUCUGCAAAACGUACGAAUGACCAGCGGCAGCGCCAAAGACAAGAGCGCCGGUGGUGUCGGCGUCAUUUCCGUCGGUGGCAAGGAGAAGAAGGCGCCCAAGACGCAGGCGUUGGGUCCCUAUCGCUUCACCCAUGCGCAGAUGGAGAAGGACGGCAUCAUUGUCGAGAGCAACGUGCCCGAGAACCGUCGUGCCAACAUCUAUUUCAACAUCACCUCGCCCUCGCCCGGUACCUUCAUCAUUGCUCUGCACUACAAGGGUAGGGAGAAGGCCAUCCUCGAGAUGGAUUUGAAGCUGGAUGAUCUGCUGGAAAAGCAGAAGGACGACGUUCAGCUGCUCGACCUGGAAUACGUGCAGCUGAAUGUCUCCAAGAUUCUUCAAUUGCUCAACAAGACGUUCACAAAGCGACGAUGA